AUGAAGAGGUACGGAGACGCUGUGCGCCGUGGCUGCCUACAUAGGGUCCGUCUUUGUCGGAAUGGCCCAACCAUAUCCCAUCUUUUAUUUGCUGAUGAUUCACUAUUUUUCAUCCAUGCUACAACCCAGAACUGCAAUGUCUUGAAAAAGAUUGUCGGUGACUAUUGUUUGGCUUCAGGCCAAAUGCUCAAUGUGGAUAAAUCAUCCUUAUCUUUAAGCCCAAAUGUCUUUGAUACGCUAUCUGGGGAAAUCAGUACUACGCUCGGAGUAUCCCCAACACUUGAUCCUGGCACGUAUCUGGGUCUGCCAUCUAUAUGGGGGAGAUCUAAAACUGCAGCUCUGAACUACAUUGUUGAUCGUAUCCAGAAAAAAGUCCGGGGAUGGAAGUCAAAAUUCUUGAACCUUGCUGGAAAUGAGGUUUUGAUUAAGGCAGUGGCCUUGUCUGUGCCAACGUACCCAAUGUCCCGCUUUAAAUUCCCUUUGAACACUUGCAAACAAACUAAUGGUGUUCUUAGCAAGUUUUGGUGGAGCAAUGGUGAUUCCAACGCUCACAUUCACUGGAAGAGUGUUGGUGUAUAUGGAAUAAUCCUAAUUCCUUUUGGGUGCAUCAUGCGUGUCCUAAAAGCCAAGUAUUUCCCAGAUGGUGAUUUCCUUAAAGCUAGAAGGGGACCUUGCCCUUCUUGGGCAUGGGCUAGCCUUCUGGAAGGUCGAAAGAUUAUGUCUGAUGGGGCCAUUUCGCAAAUUGGCAAUGGUAUGAAAGUGAAGAUCUGGAGCGAUAACUGGCUGCAUCACAAAACCACCCUGCGUCCCAAGCCAACCAUCACUGUUUCCGGUCUUAUUCCAACGUUGGUUAAUAAUCUCAUUGAUCGUGAUUUGAGAGAAUGGAAUUUGGCGAGAAUUUCAAAUGUCAUUGAUCCUGCUGUUACAAACCUAAUUCGUGCCAUUCCUCUACGCAAUCUCACUCGCGAAGAUACUCUGAUUUGGCCUUGGAAUAAUGAUGGCUUGUUUUCUGUUCGGAGUGGUUACCAUUGGGCAAUGGAAAAUUUGGAGGCUGUGUGUAGUGUGCCGGAACACCACUCCCACCAAGUGGAAAAAAAAAUUAUGGAAGUCAAUCUGGAACAUGAAACCGAACAUGCUAUUCUCCUGUGUCCUUGGACUGCUUGUGUUUGGUUUGGUAUCCCUUUAAACUACUGCGUGAAUGCACAAAGCGUAACUUCUUUUGACAGAUGGCUCCAGGGAGUUACUGCCUCCUUGGCUCUUUUUGAAGGGAGGAAUAAGGAAGUUCUUGUCUUGGUGGGUAUUACUUGUUGGGAAAUCUGGAAAGAGAGGUGCUCUGCUCUUUUUGAAGGUCGCUCCCUCUGUCCUUAUUCUGUUAUUAGGAGAGUUCUUUCUUUAUGGGGAAAAAUGUGUCCUACUUUGGAAGCUAUUACGUGUCCUACUCCCUCAGCUUCUCCUCCCCAUGCUCUCUGGAAGGCUCCUCCUCAACCUUAUGUUAAGGUAAACGUGGAUGGAGCAUGGCACAAGAACUCUAUGCAGGGCGGUGUGGGUUGCUGUCUUCGUGAUUCUGAAGGUAGAAUGUUGGUAGGUUUGAGUAAGGCUUGUCUCAAAAACUCUGCAGUCGAGGUGGAAGCCGAAGCUGUUUUGGAGGGGUUACUGUUAGCAAAAGAGGAAAACUGUCAGAAGAUUAUACUUGAAAGCGAUUCAAUGGAAGUUAUCUCUUGUAUGAGAAACGAAAAUCUGCGUGGCAACUGGAGAAUUAUCCCCCUCAUUUUGGAAAUCAUAAGGCUUUCUUCGUGGUUCAUCUCCAUUAAGUGGGAAUGGAUUUCUCGCCAAGCAAAUCAAGCUGCCCAUGCUGCAGCAGCUCUGUCAAAUAUGAGGGUGCGAACUAUACGUUGGGCCUCACAGCCUCCUCCCUCAUUGGUUCUGGUUUUGGCUAAGGAUGGGUUGCCAUGCCCCCUAGCAAUUAAUUUUCUGUUAUAA